UACUCUACCUAAUGUUUCUUCAUCACUUGCUUGCUUCUGGAUGAUCAUUAGGGACUCUACUUCGUUCAUGUUUUGCUUGUUUGAUAAAAAAAAACUGAUAGUGAGGUUAUAUAAUCUGGUUUGUGUUUUAAUUCUAGUUUUCUUUUUCUUGAAAUAGGAAACCAGAAUCAAAUUUAUUUUUGGCACUGUGUCUGAAAACAGAAUUAGCAAUUUGCUAAAAAUAACCAUUGAAUAACAUCAAUGACAAUUUGUUUUUUCUGGCCACACAUAUAACAACUAACUCUUGUCUCUCUCAUGACCUUUUUCUCCCUCUUUUCUUCAGCCACAAGCUAUCUAACGAACUCCCUCAUUCCUUCUUAUCUUUGUUCUUCCUCAUCCAUCUCUCUCUUCUCUCUCUCCUUCCCCACCGCCGAGGAGGGAUGAAGAUAAGAAAGAAAUCAAACACAUGCACGAUUCCCAUCUUUGAUUUUUCUCCAAAGCUCUCCAUGUGUCUCCUCCUGGCUAUUCUCCUCUUCCUCUCAGGCCUUGAUGUGUCUACCGUAACCGCCGCCGUGGGACCUGCCACCGGUUUCAAACCGGCAGAUGAUAUCCUCAUUGAUUGUGGAAGCAAAUCAUCAUCAAAAAACCCUGAUGGAAGAGUCUUCAAGAGUGACCAAGAGACUGUCCAAUACAUAGAAGCCAAGGAUGAUAUCCAGGUCUCAGCCCCACCUUCAGACAAGGUCGCUUCUCCUAUCUACCUAACUGCAAGGAUCUUCCGUGAGGAAGCCACCUACAAGUUCCAUCUCACCCGACCCGGUUGGCAUUGGGUUCGCCUCCAUUUCUUGGCCUUCACGAACGACAAGUUCGAUCUCCAACAAGCGACUUUCUCCGUCAUGGCGGAGAAAUACGUGUUGCUUCAUAACUUCAAGAUCAGUAACAACAACAACGAUAGUCAAGCUGUUCUCCAGAAGGAGUAUCUCGUCAACAUAACGGAUGCGCAGUUCUCCCUCAGGUUUAGGCCUAUGAAAAGCUCUGCAGCGUUCAUCAACGCUAUCGAAGUUGUCUCGGCUCCGGACGAGCUGAUCUCUGACUCCGGGACAGCUCUUUUCCCGGUUAACGGCUUCUCGGGUCUCUCUGACUACGCUUACCAGUCUGUCUACAGAGUCAACGUCGGUGGUCCUUUGAUCGUUCCUCAGAACGACACGUUGGGAAGAACAUGGAUACCAGAUAAGGAGUUUCUGAAAGAAGAGAACAUGGCUAAGGACGUUAAGACGACCCCUUCAGCGAUCAAGUACCCUCCUGGAGUUACACCUUUGAUCGCUCCGCAGACGGUUUAUGCAACGGCUGCGGAGAUGGCUAAUUCUCACACCAUAGCCCCUAACUUCAACGUUAGCUGGAACUUCCCCUCGAACCCUUCGUUUAACUACCUCAUCCGCCUUCAUUUCUGCGACAUCGUCAGCAAGUCUCUCAACGACCUCUACUUCAACGUGUACAUCAACGGUAAAACCGCCAUUUCUGGUUUGGAUUUGUCCACCGUCGCAGGCGAUCUCGCGACUCCUUACUACAAAGACAUUGUUGUGAACGCGACGCUUAUGACCCCUGAGCUCCAAGUUCAGAUUGGUCCCAUGGGGGAAGACACAGGGGCCCAAAACGCGAUCUUGAAUGGAGUCGAGGUUUUGAAGAUGAGCAACUCAGUGAACAGCCUUGACGGAGAGUUUGGAGUUGAUGGUAGAACCACUGGGAUGGGGAAACAUGGUAUGGUUGCGACCGCGGGGUUUGUGAUGAUGUUUGGAGCUUUCAUUGGACUUGGAGCAAUGGUUUACAGGUGGAAGAAGAGGCCGCAAGAUUGGCAGAAGAGAAACAGUUUCUCCUCUUGGUUGCUGCCGAUACACGCUGGUGACACUACUUUCAUGACAAGCAAAGGCGGUUCUCAAAAAUCCAACUUCUACAACUCAACUAUGGGACUCGGCCGCUACUUCUCCCUCUCGGAGCUUCAAGAAGCCACAAAGAACUUCGAAGCGUCUCAGAUCAUCGGUGUUGGAGGGUUCGGUAAUGUAUACAUCGCAACACUCGACGAUGGAACCAAAGUUGCUGUUAAGAGAGGUAACCCACAGUCUGAACAAGGAAUCACCGAGUUUGAGACGGAGAUCCAGAUGCUUUCUAAGCUCAGACACAGACAUUUGGUCUCUUUAAUUGGUUACUGUGAUGAAAACUCAGAGAUGAUCCUAGUCUAUGAGUUCAUGUCCAAUGGUCCGUUCAGGGAUCAUCUAUACGGAAAGAACCUUGCUCCACUAACGUGGAAACAGCGGCUUGAGAUCUGUAUCGGUUCUGCACGUGGGCUUCACUAUCUGCACACGGGAACAGCACAAGGGAUUAUUCACCGUGACGUCAAAUCGACCAACAUUCUUCUCGACGAUGCUUUAGUCGCCAAGGUCGCUGACUUUGGUCUUUCUAAAGAUGUAGCCUUCGGACAAAACCAUGUCAGCACGGCCGUGAAAGGAAGUUUCGGGUACCUAGACCCUGAGUACUUUAGAAGACAGCAACUUACCGAUAAGUCCGAUGUUUAUUCAUUCGGGGUCGUUCUUCUAGAAGCUCUAUGCGCAAGACCGGCCAUCAACCCCCAGCUACCGAGAGAACAGGUUAACUUAGCUGAGUGGGCAAUGCAAUGGAAACGGAAAGGACUGUUGGAAAAGAUCAUUGAUCCUCAUUUGGCUGGAACGAUAAACCCUGAAUCGAUGAAGAAGUUCGCGGAAGCUGCAGAGAAGUGUUUGGAAGAUUACGGCGUUGAUAGACCGACGAUGGGAGAUGUUCUGUGGAACUUGGAAUACGCUCUUCAGCUUCAAGAGGCAUUCACUCAGGGCAAAGCGGAGGAGACUGAGAUCGAUAAGCCAGUGACACCUGGCUCUGUUCUGCCAACUGCUACAACUCCAAUCACCCCCUCAGCAACCACCAACGCGGAGGCUAGUGUUCCAGUUGCUUCUAAAGUGGAAGAGACCGAUGGCUCAGUCCAUUCACAGACCGUGGACGAACACUCUGGAACAGCUAUGUUCACUCAGUUUGCUAAUCUUAACGGAAGAUAAAACUAACUGACAAAUAAUUCAUCUAAAAGGAAAAAAAAAACAAAAAAAGAAUACACAAAACGAAUUUGUUUGCAUUAACAGUAAAUGAAUAGAAAAUGACUUUCUAAGGCAAAUAUGUUUGUUUGUUUUUUUAUGUUUUUGUGGUGGUCGGGAGACUUGUGUGAUUUUUAUAUUUUUGGUGUGUAUUAUGUCAAAUUUAUCUUUUUAUUGUAUGAAUUGUCAUUUGUGGGUGGAUAUGUAUACUACUAAAUGCGCUGAUGCAUUUAUCUACUUAUCCUCCUUUACUGUAGUUGUUAAUCUUAGAUUGCAAAUACAACAGCUUCACAUUGAAAGUAAGUGUGUGCGAUUAAAGUUCCAAUAACACUAGACCAUUGUACACAUAGAAAGCAAACGGUUCUCUUUUCGUUAUUGGUUUUACUGUCUGUACAUCUUUCUCGGACCAAGGCUUAGGGUCGAUUUUAGAAUAUUUUUGCCGAUGAACCCCUCUCUGAGAUGAUGUUUGAAUUGGCGAAUAAUCUGUUUCUCCUCCUAAAGUUCUAAAAUAGAUAGAUUGGUGUCUGAUUCUCUUAUUUUGUUGUCACAUUUCGAUCUUGAUCAGAUAGAUUAAGAAGACCUCAAAUUUCUGCGCGUAGUUGACUAUAGGAUUCAAGCUUUGAUUCAAUGGAAUUAGUGUUUGGUCUGCAACCGCUGUUAGAUAAUAAUGGUCACAUGAACUAUUUCUUUCUUUAGAAGGGCUACUUUUGUGCUAUUAAUCUCUGCUCAUUGUUGCAAUCUUUUGUAUAAAUAAUUGUGAAACGUUUGGAUAUUAAACUCUUCACAAGUGUUUGUAGGAGAGGAAGUAUAGGUGAGUCACAGAUUGUGGAAAGAAAUUAGAGAAACCAUGAAAGGAUAAUAAAAUUUUAAAAACCAGAAAUAGAAACCAUUUCCUUCAAUUAAGCAAAUGUGUUUCUCUUUCUCUCUUUCCUCUUCCUUCGGUUUAGCUAUAUAAAUAAAUAGCUUCAACUUUUGUUUCUUGUAUAUUGUUUUUGUUAUCUCUCUCUAUUAUAUCUGUAAACUAUGGAAAACAUAAGUGGGUUGAUGGCUUUUGACAUGGGGGAGCUAAGAAACAACCUUCCCACAAAGAGAGGAUUGUCAAGGUUCUACUCAGGGAAAGCAAGAUCAUAUGUUUGUAUCUUUGAUGUUAAAUGCCUUGAAGAUCUGAAGAAACCAACCCAACUUCUUGAUAUUGAUGAUGAUGAUGAUGAUGCCUACACGAAGAGGAAGAAGAAGAAUAAGCAAUCAUCAUCAUCUUCAUUUUCUGCUGCUGUUAACAGCAAUGUUAACUAUCAAAACUACCCUUGUCGUAGAGUUUCUAGUAGCACACAUUGUUCCUCACCUUGUGUUAGUGCUUAGUUCUAAAAAAAACAGGUUCUCAAUUUAUCACAAACCUACAGCACGUUAUAUUAACAUCCCGUUCACAUC